UUGCCUCGCGACCAGCCCCGGGCGGGUGUGAUCAAUCGGCCCAGGUGGGAGCGGUGAUUGGCCGCGGGGCGCGCCCUCCAGAGAGGCCCUUGUAGGCGCCCGCUCCGGUGGGAGGGGCGCAGCGCCGUGUCUGCAGCCACAGUGGUCCGGUCCGCCCGCCCGCCCGCCGGCCCGCUGGUCCCUCCUGCGGCCUGCCUGCUGGGCAGGGCCGGCCCGGCCCAGCCAUGGAGUCCUACGACAUCAUCGCCAACCAGCCAGUGGUCAUCGACAAUGGUUCUGGGGUGAUCAAGGCUGGCUUUGCAGGAGACCAGAUUCCCAAAUACUGUUUCCCAAACUAUGUCGGGCGCCCUAAGCACAUGCGGGUGAUGGCUGGAGCCCUGGAAGGUGACAUCUUCAUUGGACCAAAAGCAGAGGAGCACCGGGGGCUGCUGACCCUGCGCUACCCCAUGGAGCACGGCGUGGUGCGGGACUGGAAUGACAUGGAGCGCAUCUGGCAGUAUGUCUACUCCAAGGACCAGCUGCAGACCUUCUCCGAGGAGCAUCCUGUUCUUCUAACGGAAGCCCCACUCAACCCGAGUAAGAACCGGGAAAAGGCAGCAGAGGUGUUCUUUGAGACCUUCAACGUGCCGGCCCUGUUUAUCUCCAUGCAGGCCGUACUCAGCCUGUAUGCAACAGGACGCACAACGGGAGUGGUUUUAGACUCGGGGGACGGGGUCACCCAUGCUGUCCCUAUCUACGAGGGCUUUGCCAUGCCGCAUUCCAUCAUGCGCGUGGACAUUGCUGGCCGAGAUGUCUCCCGCUAUCUCCGGCUGCUGCUGCGCAAGGAAGGCGUCGACUUUCACACCUCAGCUGAGUUUGAGGUUGUACGGACCAUCAAAGAGAGAGCCUGCUACCUGUCUAUCAACCCUCAAAAGGAUGAGGCUCUGGAGACAGAGAAGGUGCAGUACACCUUGCCAGAUGCAGCAUGCUUGAUGUUGGGGCCCGCGAGAUUCCGGGCUCCCGAGCUGCUGUUCCAGCCAGACCUGAUAGGGGAUGAGAGCGAGGGACUCCAUGAGGUGCUGGCCUUUGCCAUCCACAAGUCUGACCUGGACCUGCGCCGCACACUGUUCGCCAACAUCGUGCUUUCCGGUGGCUCCACGCUAUUCAAAGGCUUUGGUGACCUACUCAGUGAAGUGAAGAAGCUUGCCCCAAAGGAUGUCAAAAUCAAGAUCUCUGCACCUCAGGAACGGCUGUAUUCCACAUGGAUCGGUGGCUCCAUCCUGGCCUCACUAGACACUUUUAAGAAGAUGUGGGUCUCCAAGAAAGAGUACGAAGAAGAUGGCGCCCGUGCUAUUCAUCGCAAAACCUUCUAGUGCCCAAGGAGGGGGCAACGCUUGGGAGAAUGGGAGGAAAGGGGAGCCAGAGCCAUUAACCCCUUCUGGGCUGGGCUCACGCACCAGGCGUAGGGUCCCCUGCAUGCCCUGAACCCGGGCAGGUGGUGCAACAGUGCUUCCCUGCAGCACUGCCCUCCACACACACACGCAUGCACACACACACAUGCACCACAGACAUGGUAAUGUUAGCCGCAGGGUGGGCAUCUUGAAUGGAGCCCAGCCUUGGGUGGUUUCUGGUUGUCCCCCUUGGCAAGACCAAUUAGACCUACGGUUCCUGGCUCUAACCCUGAGGCUGCUUCCCUGAGCUCUAAGGCCAGACACCCAAAUGCCCUCAUUUCCUCUGACAGGGUCCCUCCCAGAGCCCGAGUGCCUGGAUGCCUGUGUAACUAGCUUUGGGGAGUGGGUUAGAGGAGGGGGCAGCCGGCAGCUCCCCACUGGUGUAUCAGUUUCUCAUGCCACCUCUUCCUGACCUGACAGGGUAGCACAAAGGGCCAGCCACUCCUGGGCAUCCCUGGACCUUCCACACUGUCCCCCGUCUUCCUGAGCAGAUGCCUUGGUGCAGGCUGAACAGUGGGCAGUCUGCCCUCCCCAGUGAGGGGUUCUGGCCCAGGGUUGGAGCCAGCACAGAGUGUGUGUGGGAGGGGGAGGGGGGGACUUUCAGACAGCCACAGUCUUUUGUGUUCUCCCCUUCAAAGCACUUCACUGACUUGCUGCUCCUUCUCCUUUACCCCAGUACCCUGGACAGGGGAGAGUUAAUGGUCUUCAUUUGUUGAGGAGGGGAAGCCACUUAAUCAGGAGUCAGACCCAGAGGGUUGAGGGGGCACAGUUCCUCUCCCAGAAGAUCUCGUUACCAUGGGCCAGGUCCCCCACCUCCCUCUCCCAGAUAUGUACAGUAAUUUUACCCAGUUGCCUGAAAAAAACUUUUUUGUAAAUCAUUAUAGUAAUAAUUAUGAACAAGGCCCAGUGUGUGGCUCUCUUUUCUUAUGGUUUUUAUGUUGUUGUUUGCUCACCCAUCCCUGGGACUUUGAAAGAAAGGACAGGCAAGAACGCAGCAUGGUACCAGCUCUGGCUCAGAGCGCCGAAGGUUUUAGUGGUUGCGGGGCAAUGUGGCGCAGGAGGCGGGCUCUCAGCCUGGUGCCAGAAUUCCUGAGGCCUAAUUACCCACUUGCUGCUAGUCUUCCACGAGCAGCAGAGGACAAAGCUGCUCUCCUCUGCCUUGUUCCUGGACAGGGCCUCCUGGCAGGUGGGGCCGGGCUUGGUGCCUUUGAGUCCUCACCUGUUGGAACACCUUUGCUGCCCCACUCACAGGUGGCUAAAGCUGAUGGACCCACACUAAUAGACUCAGAGUUCAGACAAGUGAGGAAGGAGAUAAGGGGAGAUGGCAAAGGCUGUCAAUGAGCUGGGCUCUGAAGGUAGAAGCUGAGGACAGAAAGGGCCAUGGAGGAGCAGUGAGAAGGAGACACCAGAGUGUCUGCCCUUUCCUUCCUUCAAGUAUUGAAAACCUACAGUAUACCCAGGAGGGUUCAUGUGUUUGUGGACAAUGGUAAACAUCUUUGCUCCCAAAAACAUACAGGUCAGGGGAGGAAGAACAGGCUAUUUCAGUAGCUGUGGGGCCCUAAAGGAGGGGCAGGCUUACUUGCAUGGGUCCAGAAGAGUUAACCAGGUAUGGGAGAUGAGGGUGUUCCUGGCAGAGGUAAGAGCUCAAGGAGACACCUGGGACUGGGACAGAAGGCACAGACCUGAGUGACACCAAGUCAGCCGGGAAGAGAAAGUGGUCUCUGGUUAGAAUGCAAGGGUACACCAAAAAGGUUAGGGGGCAAGGCCCGCACAUGAGGGCCUUGCCAAUUUUUGGCUAUAUACUGGGUGAUGGGCAGCCUGCUACAGAAGGGUGGCUGUCAUAACUGAGUGUUGAAGGUAACUGGAAUGAGUGGAGCUGAGGGAGAGCCCAGAACUGAGAUCAUACAGAAGGGGAGAGGUUACUCUGUCCAGCCUGUCUUCAUAGGGCAUUUUGUGAGCCUUUGUUUCAGAAAAGCAGUUAAGCCCAUAGCUGCCCUCAAGGGGGAAACAAAAUUACAGAGAACCUUGGGGUUCUGUUCUUGUACCACUUUCUCCCAACCAUCCAAGUUGGAGCCCUAUUAGUGUGGGUCCUCCCUCUUCCUUACCUCCCUCACAUUCUGUCACUCCCAAGUUCUUUGCUUCUGUAAUACCUUUCCUACCCAUCAUUUCUUUUCCAUGAGGGCCUCUACUACCCUGGCUCAAGAUCAUAGCUCCAUUUUCCCCACCAUUCAUUUGCUGUUGGGUCUAAAGCCCAGAUAACCUUGGUCUUGCCACUUCCUAAUCCAAAAUGUUAAAACAGUUCUCCACUGCCUGGUGAGAUCACCUUCGUGAACCACACAUUAUUGCAUUAAUUCAGGCCCUUUGGGAUCUGUCCUUUCCCUGUUUUAGGCUUCUGCAUCAUCAUGCCCUGCUUUGUCUGCCAGCUGCUACUCAUGCCAUUCCAUGCUAGGAAUGGCUUUCCCGUAUGUCAAAAUCCCAUCCUUUAAGCUAAGCACUAUGCAGCACCCUCCCUCCUCCCUCUGUUGGCAGGGAUGAUGUGGUUAGAGCUCUGGCCCCGCUGGGUUUCUCACUGCCGGAUCAAAGCUACAGGUGAGAAGCUGCUAAGGCUAGAACCUUAUGGUGUUGGGAUUGGGGAUAUGGACAGAACUAUUUUUGGUGCUGUUUCAUUAUUAUGGCAAAGUUCAAACUCACACCAAAGCAGAAA